UUAAGAACAGGAGCAUCUGGGCUGAAUGGAAUUGAGUAUCCCGAAAAGUCCUCUUUCUGUUCAGAAAGUUGUAAAGUGCAUCAAGAUGAAGCAGGCACCAGAAAUCCUUGGCAGUACAAAUGGGAAGACUCAGAACUGUGAGGUCAAUCGUGAGUGCUCUGUGUUCCUCAGUAAAGCACAGCUUUCUACCAGUUUGCACGAGGGCGUCAUGCAGAAAUUUAAUGGUCAUGAUGCGCUGCCAUUUAUUCCAGCUGAGAAGCUGAAAGAUUUAACUUCCCGGGUAUUUAAUGGAGAACCGGGUGCUCAUGAUGCCAAGUUGCGUUUUGAGUCUCAGGAAAUGAAAGGAAUUGGGACACCGCCCAACACUACCCCUGUCAAAAAUGGCUCUCCAGAAAUUAAGCUGAAAAUCACCAAAACAUAUAUGAAUGGGAAGCCUCUUUUUGAGUCCUCCAUUUGGGAUGGUGCUGUUGUUGUGGCCCAGUCAGAAGACAGUACACAAAAGCCAGAAAGCAAGGCACGUAGGAACAGGAAACGAAGCAUCAAGUAUGACUCCUUACUGGAACAGGGCCUUGUUGAAGCAGCUCUGGUGUCCAAGAUGUCCAGCCCCUCAGCUGAAAAGAUUCCCUCUAAGAAAGAUUCCUGUUCUGAACACUACAGGGACAAAGACCACAUGUUGAAAUACAAUGUGGGGGAUUUGGUAUGGUCCAAAGUGUCUGGUUUUCCUUGGUGGCCGUGCAUGGUUUCUGCUGCGCUCCUUCACAGCUACACCAAACUGAAAGGUCAGAAAAAGAGCGCCCGACAAUAUCACGUCCAGUUUUUCGGUGAUGCCCCAGAAAGAGCAUGGAUAUUUGAGAAGAGCCUUGUAGCUUUUGAAGGAGAAGUACAGUUUGAAAAAUUGUGCCAAGAGAGUGCCAAGCAGGCAACCACGAAAGCUGAGAAAAUGAAGCUCUUGAAACCUAUUUCCGGGAAGUUGAGGGCUCAGUGGGAAAUGGGUAUUAUCCAAGCUGAGGAAGCUGCUAACAUGUCUGUAGAGGAGCGGAAAGCCAAGUUCACCUUCAUCUACCUGGGAGACCAGCUUCAUCUCAACCCUCAUGUAGCUAAGGAGGCAGGCAUUGCUACAGAGGCUCUUGGAGGAACUGUGGGAUCCUCAGGUGUCGUUGAAGAGGCUGAGCCCAAGUCCCCAGGAGAAGAGGGUUUUCCCAUCAAACGAAGGCGAAGGGCCAAGUUGACAAGUUCUCCUGAGAACCAGGAUAGUGAGUCUGGGACAGUAAAGAGCACUCUGCAAAGAAUGGCAGAGGUUGGCACCAAGAGAGGAGUCAGCAUCCAUCCCGGAAGGAAGAAGGCCCCUGCCUCUACUCCAAGAAGCAGGAAAGGAGAGGCAGCAUCCCAGUUUCUGGUCUUCUGUCAGAAGCAUAGGGAUGAGGUUGUUGCUGAACACCCAGAUGCCUCAGGCGAGGAGAUUGAAGAGUUGCUUGGCUCCCAGUGGAAUAUGCUCAGUGAGAAGCAGAAAGCACGCUAUCAUACAAAGUUUGCCCUCGUAGCUUCUCCCCAAGCUGAAGAAGACUCUGGUUCAUCAUUGAAGAGUUUUGGAGAAGCCAAACAUAAAGUGUUUCAAGACUCACCUAAAAGGAGCCCAAGACCUAGAAGUAAUUGCAGUUUGCCUUAUAACUUAAAUGGGAAAAAGAGAAGCCACGCCAAGAGAACACAGGACUUUUCAGAAGAUGUUGAAGUUGAGGAUGCACCAAGGAAAAGACUCAGGACUGACAAGCACAGUCUUAGGAAGAGAGAGAUCACUGACAAAGUGGCCAGAACAAGCUCUUGCAGGGCCAUCGAGGCUGCCUCCUCCCUGAAGAGCCAGGCAGCAACGAAAAAUCUGUCUGAUGCAUGCAAACCACUGAAGAAGCGAAAUCGGGCUUCCGCAGCAGCAUCUUCAACUCUUGGGUUUAGCAAAAGUUCAUCUCCUUCUGCGUCAUUAACUGAGAAUGAGGUGUCGGACAGCCCGGGAGAUGAGCCCUUGGAGUCCCCAUAUGAAAGUGCAGAUGAAGCACAGAUGGAAGUCUCAUCUAAAAAGUUGGAGCGAGGAGUAACUGCCAAAAAGGAAUACGUGUGCCAGCUGUGUGAGGCACCUGGCAGCCUCCUGCUCUGCGAGGGACCUUGCUGUGGAGCCUUCCACCUCGCCUGCCUGGGCCUUUCCCGGAGACCUGACGGGAGAUUUACCUGCAGCGCCUGCACUUCAGGCAAGUCCUCGUGUUUCGUGUGUAAGGAGAGCCAGACAGACGUUAAGCGCUGUGUUGUGUCACAGUGUGGCAAGUUCUACCAUGAAGCUUGUGUGAGAAAGUAUCCUCUGACUGUGUUUGAAAGCCGAGGCUUCCGCUGCCCUCUCCACAGCUGUGUAAGCUGCCAUGCAUCCAACCCUUCCAACCCCAGACCGUCAAAAGGGAAAAUGAUGCGGUGUGUCCGCUGCCCCGUGGCCUAUCAUGGAGGAGACGCUUGUCUUGCAGCCGGUUGCUCGGUGAUCACUUCCAACAGCAUCAUCUGUACCAGCCACUUCACGGCGCGGAAGGGGAAGCGGCAUCAUGCCCAUGUCAAUGUGAGCUGGUGCUUUGUGUGCUCCAAAGGAGGGAGCCUCCUUUGCUGUGAGUCCUGCCCUGCUGCCUUCCACCCUGACUGCCUGAACAUCGAUAUGCCUGAUGGUAGCUGGUUUUGCAAUGACUGUAGGGCUGGGAAGAAGCUGCAUUUCCAGGACAUUAUCUGGGUGAAGCUGGGUAACUACAGAUGGUGGCCAGCAGAAGUUUGCCAUCCCAAAAAUGUUCCCCCAAAUAUUCAGAAAAUGAAGCACGAGAUUGGAGAAUUCCCUGUGUUUUUCUUUGGGUCUAAAGAUUAUUACUGGACGCAUCAGGCACGAGUAUUCCCAUACAUGGAGGGGGACCGGGGCAGCCGCCAUCAUGGGGUCAGAGGCAUCGGAAAAGUCUUCAAAAACGCACUGCAAGAAGCUGAAGCUCGAUUUCGAGAAGUUAAACUCCAGAGGGAAGCCAGAGAGACACAAGAGAGUGAACGCAAGCCCCCGCCAUACAAGCACAUUAAGGUGAACAAGCCUUAUGGGAAAGUGCAGAUCUAUACGGCUGAUAUCUCUGAAAUCCCGAAGUGCAAUUGCAAACCCACGGACGAGAACCCUUGCGGCUUUGAUUCCGAGUGUCUAAACAGGAUGCUCAUGUUUGAGUGCCAUCCCCAGGUAUGCCCAGCGGGGGAGUCCUGCCAGAACCAGUGUUUUACCAAGCGUCAGUACCCGGAGACCAAGAUCAUCAAGACAGAUGGUAAAGGCUGGGGCCUCGUCGCUAAGCGGGACAUCAGAAAGGGCGAGUUUGUGAAUGAGUACGUCGGUGAACUGAUUGACGAGGAAGAGUGCAUGGCCAGGAUCAAACACGCGCAAGAGAAUGAUAUCACCCAUUUUUAUAUGCUCACUAUAGACAAGGACCGGAUCAUUGACGCUGGCCCCAAAGGCAACUACUCCCGAUUCAUGAAUCACAGCUGCCAGCCCAACUGUGAGACCCUUAAGUGGACCGUGAAUGGUGAUACUCGAGUGGGCCUGUUUGCCGUGUGUGACAUCCCAGCAGGAACCGAGUUGACUUUCAACUACAACCUCGACUGUUUGGGCAAUGAGAAGACUGUGUGUCGGUGUGGGGCAUCCAAUUGCAGCGGCUUCCUCGGGGAUCGGCCAAAGACCUCAGCAGCCCUCUCUUCUGAGGAAAAGGGCAAAAAGACCAAAAAGAAAGCCAGGCGGCGGCGAAUGAAAGGUGAAGGGAAAAAGAAGUCGGAAGAUGAGUGUUUCCGCUGUGGUGACGGAGGCCAGCUGGUGUUGUGUGACCGAAAGUUCUGCACCAAGGCCUAUCACCUAUCCUGCCUGGGCCUGGGCAAACGGCCCUUUGGGAAGUGGGAAUGUCCUUGGCAUCACUGUGACGUCUGUGGCAAACCAUCAACUUCCUUCUGCCACUUUUGCCCCAAUUCAUUUUGCAAGGAGCACCAAGAUGGGACAGCCUUCGCUUCUACCCAGGAUGGGCGUUCAUACUGCUGUGAGCAUGACUUGAUGGGGGCAGACACAACUCGGGGUGCCAAGACUGAGAAACCAUUUCCAGAGCCCGUGAAGGCCAGGGGGAAGAGGAGAAGGAGGUGUUGGCGAAGGGGUACAGAAGGCAAAUAGCACCAAGUGGUGGCAAGGCUGAUCCAGGGGCAGUGUGGGCAGAGGACCCAGCUCCCAGCACCAUGGUGGGUGGACAGCCCUGCUAGGGGGCACCUCCCUACCACUGAGCCAUCCUCACCUCAGCAGCACCUGCUGUAUUAGCACUGAAGACCUGUCUGAACCGCAUGGUUCAGAAAAUUCCAGGACAAAGCAGCCAUACUCGACAGCAUUACAGCUACACUUAAAUUCCUGCCCUAGCAAGGCUCCCCCUGCUCAUUCCUUAGGUUCAAAUUAUGACAGGAAACUAAUUGACAUGUGAAAUGUUUGUUCUUCCCUCAGAGUGUAGGCUAGUAUUUCUUCCUGCGUGCUGUUCUCCCCUUAAAACCUGCCAGACUGCACUCAGCAGGCCAGGGCCUUACCUUGGACCUUCGCUCCCUGGGAACUGGAUUUUUUA